AUGGCGCACCGCAGAGUAAAAGAGAUUGACUACGAUGAGGAUGAAUACGAUGAUUACUACUCGGGCGAAGAAGAGUACGGCUACGAGGGCGCCGACAACGAAGCAGCAGCAGAUACUCACGAGGACGAGUUAAGCGCCGAGGACAAAGAGCAGAUGCGCAUCGGUACCCAAAAAGUGAGAGCUGCUCUAGGAGACGUCUCCGAAUUUAUAACGGAUGAGGCCAUACAAGAAGCCUUGUGGCACUACUACUACGACGUCGCCAAGUCCGUCACCUACUUGAAGAACCAGAAUGCUCCCCAGCAAGCACAGCCUAAAGAGAAGAAGCAGAAGCCCGUGUCCAAGUUUGACCAAGCUGCUACAUCAGCUGCUCAGAAGCCAGUAGAAAUCAAGGGUCCGAGCCCAGAUGACAUAGUCAUGCAAGCACAGGCAAAAGCCUCGGGCGCAAAGAAGCAGGCAUCUCAACAAAAGGACUCUAAAUUUGUCACCAAUGGCGUCUCCUCUCUUAGUCUGGAGGAGCCACAACAGACAAGUCAGAAGGUCAAGAGCAAGAACUUGGAUGUUCUGGCAGAACAUGCAAAGGCUGGACGCAAGAAUGCUGCCAGCUUUGUCGUUAUCGGACAUGUCGAUCAUGGAAAGAGUACACUCAUGGGUCGCUUAUUGUAUGACCUUAAGGUUGUAGACCAACGCUCGCUCGACAAAUAUCGUAAAGAAGCAACGAGUAUUGGCAAAUUGUCCUUUGCAUUGGCAUGGGUCAUGGACUCGACCUCUGAAGAGAGAGAACGAGGUGUCACCGUCGACAUUGCCACCAACAACUUCGAAACGGAAAAGACAAAGUUCACCAUCCUGGAUGCUCCUGGACACAGAGACUUUAUCCCCAACAUGAUUGCCGGAGCAAGUCAGGCAGACUUUGCUGUUCUCGUCAUCGACGCUGGCACCAACAGUUUCGAAGCUGGUCUCAAGGGUCAGACACGAGAGCACGCCCAGCUUGUCCGCAGUAUGGGCGUACAGCGCAUCAUCGUAGCCAUCAACAAGAUGGACAGCAUAAACUGGGCCCAAGAGCGCUUCGAAGAGAUUCAACAACAAAUCUCAGCCUUCCUAACCACUACAGGCUUCCAACAAAAGAACAUUGCUUUCAUCCCUUGCUCCGGUCUCACUGGCGAAAACGUCGUUACCCCAGCACCCGAAGCAGCAGCUUGGUACACAAAGACUCCUUCCCACCAAACCCUCAUCCAAGCGCUCGAAGCCCACGAACCCACAAAAGCAGCCUUGUCCUCACCCUUCCGUCUACCCAUCUCAGACAUCUUCCGCGGCGGUGUUCAAAAUCCUCUAUCCAUCUCCGGCCGCAUCGAAGCCGGCACCUGUCAAGUAGGCGACUCUCUCAUCGCCAUGCCCGCCAAUGAAACCUGCAGCAUCAAAGGCAUCGAAGUCGACAAUGCAGCCGCAGACUGGGCAGUCGCAGGCCAAAUCGUAACGCUUCACUUGACAGAGAUCGAUCCAGUGCACUUGCGCAUCGCAGACUUGCUCUGCGAUGCCAGAAAACCCGUUGCUAAUGUCAAGAGCUUCACGACCAAGAUCUUGGCGUUUGAACACGUAUUGCCUAUGACUGUGGAUGUGCAUCGAGGACGUAUGCAUGUUCCUGGUCGCAUUAGCAGUAUGGUUUGCGUGUUGGAUAAGAGUAGUGGCAACAUUACCAAGAAGAAACCGAGGGUUGUGCAGCCGGGGAGUGUGGCUAGGGUUAAAGUGGAACUUGACACUGCUGUGCCGCUGGAGGUGCCUGGUAGGAUUGUGUUGAGAUCGGGAGGUAAUACUGUUGCUGCUGGGUUGUUGGAGGAAGUGCAUGCAUAG